AUAGACAGCAGACCAAUCCCAGCCCACACACUCCAGGACCCCUAACUUGUAGCUGCUCAGCUCUGGCCUCAUACUCAUCCUCUACCACAGCCAUGGCUCAGUCCCUGGCUCUGAGACUCCUCGUCCUGGUCCUGGCCUUCUGCAUCCCCCAGACCCAAGGCAGUGAUGGAGGGGCACAGGACUGUUGCCUCAACUACAGCGUAAAGAAGAUUCCCACCACGGUUGUCCGCAGCUACCGGAAGCAGGAGCCAAGUUUGGGCUGCCCCAUCCCAGCUAUCUUGUUCUCAACUUGGAAGCGCUCUCAGCCAGAGCUAUGUGCAAACCCCAAGGAGGCCUGGGUGCAGAAGCUGAUGCAGCAUCUGGACACGGCCCCAACCACACGGAAACCAGUCCAGCGCUGUAAAAAGGACAAGUCUGGCAAGAAGGGAAAGGGAUCCAAAGGCUGUAAGAAGACUGAACAGCCACAGACCCGAAAAAGGCCAUAGCUCAGUGACCAGCCUGCAGCCCAGGAGGUCCCCAUCAGCCUCACCAGGGUUUGGAGCCCCAAUCCAAGGGUCAAGGAGAGAGAGAGGACUCGGGGGCCCCAGAGCAGCCAUCCCAUGCCGGCCUUGCCUCACCCCUUCUCCUGCUUCAGCCAUCCCUUUUAUAUUCCCAGCCCUACCCGCAUGGCUGAACUGCCCACACCCGGCCAGGCCCAAAGAGGCAGAAAAAGGAAUGUGAGAGGAGGCAGCAGGACUGUCCCCUCUGAGGAAAGUCACUCAGGACACUGGACCUGAACCCACCCCACACUGCACCCCACCUCUUCCUUGUAAACAUGAUUUAUAUGUAACUGAAUAAAAAGCUGUUCUGGCCUCCCA